UAACUAGAUUAAUUUAGUCUUGCGAUGAAAGUUAACCAGUUGCUGUUGCCGCUUUGCUUUGUGCUCUGCCUGGGAUUUGUGGGCGCAGGGAAUUUGGAUAGUCCCUACUGUGAUAUUCGUCCUUGUUAUGCCAGAAAUUUGCCAUGUAAUAAUAGCGGCGCAAUAUUGGAAUGCCCCGAGUCUGGCCAGCUAUUGAAAGAGCGAGAAUUCAGAGAGGAUCUUGAGGAAACAUUUAAUACGCUGCGCAAUGAGGUAGCCGGUGGCAAAAUAUAUAGAAAUUUGCCGCCCGCAGCGCGUAUGGGAAAAAUGUCCUGGAACAAUGAAUUGGCGGAAUUUGCUAGACUGGACGUCAAACGCUGCAGCGUAGCGCCCCGACCCUGGAUGUGCUCGCAGAAAUUCUAUGCCAUUGGCCGACUAGCCGAACUAUAUGGCUUUCAAACCGAUAAUCUAACUUCGACCACAUUCGAGACCCUACAGAGUAUGGCAAGCAACUGGAUGUCGCGGGUACGCAGCAUAACGCGAUACCAAUCAUUACACCUGCCCUCCAAAUCUGAUGAAAGUACAAACAUUUUGCAAUCAGCCCUGCUGCUGAUCGAGCACAAUACGCAGUUCGGGUGCGCCGUACUCCGCUACUCGAGUAACCUGUACACGUACUUGAUGCUCAGCUGCGUCUUUGGCGCGGACACUCAGGACGGGCAACGGAUGUACAAUUGGGGCGUUAGUCCCGGCAUCAAGUGCCGACAUCUGGACUCAACAUAUCGUAAUCUAUGCGCCAGUGGGGAGAAAUACAGUUACGAACAUUUAUAUAGAAAAAUGGAUUCAAUUAGAAUGUCGAAAGCGUGGUAAGCGAUAUAACCACGCUUGCGAACAGCUACCGCUUGUACCUAGAACUAAUACUUAAUUAAUACUAUUAUUAAUUUGCAUUUAUAUAUCUUUCGUUUACUUAAACUUUCUCUGUUAGCCUUAAGCCCAUUUAUACACUUGAAUAGAUUAUAUUUCCGCACCAAG